AAUCAAAACAAAAAAGCCGGCAAAAAUUAAGUGAAAAAUCGUUGUUUUUCCGUUGAUCGUUUGGAAAAUUGGGUGGAUAUCGUGCUCUUACUUCGUAAAAAUGAAGUUCCGUGCCGUCAUUUCCGAUUACACGCACGUGAAGGAGUUCUGCAAUCUCAUCAGCACCUUUUCGCGGAUGCAGAAAAAUCUCAUCAUCAACAUACAACCCUCCAAGGUGAUGCUGCAGAUCGAGGCGGAAGCGUGCGAUGGCCAGUUUUUGUGGUGUGAUAUCGAUGCCACGAAUCGGGAGGGUUUCUUCUCCCAGUACGAUAUGGACGGUGUCGAUGCCGGGCACAAUCAGAUCUACAUGGUUACCGUGGGAACCAGCUUUGUGCGAGCGCUUUCGUACGUGCGGAACAACUGCGUUGAGUACGUGAAGCUGAAGCUGAUCAGGACCUCGCUCAUGCCGUGCCUAUCGGUGGAGAUGGCGGGGACCAUUUCCAACCAGAGUGAAGCCGAUGCCAUCAGCUCCAAGAUGCAACACUCCCUACCGAUUACGAUCGUCCCGCGGAACGAGUGGGAUCAGUACGAGUUACCGCUGGAGAUGCCGUACGAUCUGUCGAUCGCUAUGCCUUCGAUCCGAUCGUUGCGUGCACUGCUGGACAAGAAGAAAACGCUAGCUCCGACCGUUACCCUGUACACCACGAUGAACGACGAGAUGUCGCUGAUAGUGGAAACGGAUCUGGUGACGGUUGCGAGCCACUAUCGCCAUUUAAAGUGUGUUCCGGCCGUGCAGCGCAGUACAGGGGAUGAACAGUUUACGCACCUUUCGGAGGCAUGCUGCCGGGUGGACUCGAAAAAGCUGGCCGCUAUCUUUGAGAUCAUUAGCAUGAGCGAUGUGGUGGUCACGGCGAACGUACGCCACGAGCUGGCCCUCAACAUCUGCUUCGAUAUGCGCCAAAUGUGCUCGCUGAACUACAUACUGCCGGCUACGAACUUUGAUUAGCGAAAUGGCCUCCCUUUUCUGUACAGUUAUCUUUAAGACAAGCGUGUGUUCUUAGCAUUUAAUUCUCGUUGAGUAUAAUGUUUGGGGCAGGUGCACCCACUCCAGCUGGGAUUUUAAAAAAUCCAUCACGACAUUAGGGCAAGCAGCAUCUGAAGC